UUUGCUAACAAUAGUUGUGACUUUUGACCCGGUAUGCCGCAAACGGCCCUCCUACUGCAGGUACCAGUACCGUACUACCGUUACUGUAUAGUUCAGCUUGUCUGGACAGAUGUCACCGCGGUUUGUGAUGACCUCUGAGAUCAGAAGCUAGGACUUCAGGCAUAGAUUUUGCCGCGCGGAGGUUAAAAAGUGAAAUAGUUUUAAAUCUCUCUCUCUUUGAUUUGAAGCGAUUGUUUGUAUAAAUGUCGUGAAACGUUCGAUGAGCGAGGAUCUGCCGGAGGAGAUUUCGCGUCUGGACAGGGAGCUGGACGAUUUCGAGGCGAAAAUGGGAAAGGAGAAGGUGCACAACUGCGAGUUCCCCGUCCACAGGUGCUACUGCGCCGGGGAAGACGAAGAGGUCUGCAAGACUCUCGUCCGGAGGGCCCAGCCGGUCAAAGAUCCUACGCCGAGGAGGAAGCAGAAGAGUCCCGAACGACCUCGGACGCAGCGGCCCAUCCGGAAGGACUCUGCGUCAGUCCUGAAGACGGACAUCUCGCCCAGGAAGAAGCCCAAGGAGGUCUACGACGUAGAAAACGCAAGAGUCACCGUGGAAGUCAACCGAGAGAAAUCCCACUCGCCUCCGAUCCGUUUGGACAAACGUAAUACACAAAAGGACGAUGUUCGAGAUGAUUGUUCAGAAGGGCGGGAUAAAUCAAAGAAAAAACGCUGGGCUGAAAUCCUCAAGGAGCAGAACGCCAUUGGUAAACGGCGGCUGUCCAACAAAGGCACACAGGCGGAUGAAAACACAAACAGGGACGUCAUACAACAACACAACUGUCCUUUUACCGUUGAAGCUACUUCAAUUCUCAAUGAGCUAAAAAAGAAGUCAAGCAUAAAUGAAAAACACGAGCUGCAAUUUCUUCUGAGCGACUUAGAAAAAAUAGUUAAAAAGUUGGAGAAGAGAAUCCCUACAAAAAGCAAAGUGGAUACUCAUCAGAGGCGAGAAGAGGAUUUUAAUAAGCACAUUGAGAAGUCUUACCACAAUUUGGAAGCGUCUUGCAAGCAGCUGGAAGAAUCUUGCAUGAGGUUGAAAGGAGAGCGAGACACUCUCAAAGAAGAACUUCUCAAGAAGAAUACAGAAUUGCAAAAAGCACUCCUGAGGGAGAUUGAGUUUAAAAAUAAGCUCAAUGAGGCCAACAAUUCGGCUGAAGCGAUGUCGCAGAAAAUUGAAAAAUAUUCAGAUUCUAUGAGGGAGCUGACAAAUAAGUUUUCACAGCUGCAAGAGGAGACUAAAGAAUUAGGGAAGUUACAAAGGCAGGUCUUUGAGAUGUCAUCAGAGCUAAAGACAGCUUCGCAAGAACGUGAAUCGCUUAGAACUGAGCUUGAAUUGAUAAAACUUGAAAGAGACAAGAUGAAAGUCCUUCUCAACCUUAAGGACCAAGAGCUAGCCCAGUUGAAAAAUGAUGUCCUAUUGGUGGGAGAUAAUGUGACAGGUCAGGCAAAAGUCGAUUUCCCUCAAAAUGAGCUGACUGACGUGAACACAACCGGGGGAAGCAAAGCUUCAAGAUUCUUCUGUUCAUCACCGAACACAACAUCAUCAGAAGAUAGCCCACUUACUAAGUCUUGGCAAAAGCUCAGUUGUAUCGCCCCGAGUGGAGGAGGGGACAACAGGACGGUAAUGCCAGUUCGAAAAGAGAUCAAGACGAAGAAGAAGACAAGGGAGAAAAAGCCGGAAGAAUUAUCUCACGUCGUCACUCAGGUCUUCUCACUCCACCAGACAUCCCCUGAAAGGCUCAGCUCGCUUAAAAACGAGCUCAAGGAGCUCUUUGCUGAGAUGAAGCACCAGGCGGAGCUUGCUGUCGACCAAGAGGAUAUGACGAGUACCAGCGAGAUUUUCAAGCUUACACACGGCUCUUCUUGGACACAGCUCUCCGACACGUCUCAUUCUCAUAGCAUCUCAGCAGACUCGAGCGAUGUCUCCUGAUAGCAAUGUUUUUAUUUGUUUGUUACAAAUAAAAAAGGGUUUUUUAGUCACCCAUAAUGUUUAUUUUUAAUAUCUGAUUAUACAUAUAUUAUUAUUACUGCAUUUAGAUUUUUAUAUAUUUUUGUAAAUUAUACUUGUCUAAAAGACAUAUGUAUGUAUUGUAAAAUUUAAAUAAUUUAGGGAAUCAAUUGUUUCACAAUGGAUCAAUUUUACUGUUACCUCUUCUUUCUUUUUUUUUUAAAUUUUUGUUUGAUCCAUGAAUGCACAAAA